CCUGAAGGGUCAGGUGUCCUUCCCUGAUUACAGGAGGGCACGUCCUGGACUCUUGCUGGGAGCUACGGUCCUGGAGGCUGCGUGGGGUCCCGGCUCUGGCACCCGAGCUGCAGUGACCCUGCUGCAUCCACUGCACCAGGGCUCUGGGUCUCAGGCCCUGGGCCUCCCCCGGGUGUCCAGUUCUGAUCAGGUAUUGUCUCCCUUGGGCCACCCCUGGGGCUGCAGUGGGAAGAGAUGGCCUCGGGCAGGAGCUGAAGUGCAGAAUAACCUGAGGCACAGCCCAGAGUGUUGGAGGCCUGCGACACCAGGCCCUGACUUGACUGACAGCUCACCAGCACAUCCCCACAGUGGCUCUGGGCACCCUGGCUCACCACGUUCCUGAGGUCCACCUCAUGCUCCGGGGGCUUGCCCAGCAUUGCACAGGUACCUUAUUUCUGAGAGCAAGACUUUUCCCUUAAUCCCACACUUAGUGGCCACUUCCACCAGCCCUCCUCAGGACCUGGGACCCCGCUCUGCCUCCUUCACCUACUGCUAGGACUUUGCCAUGUCCAGGCCUCCAAGUACCUUGAAUCCUGGGCCACAUCUCCCCCACACACAGGCUGCCUGGGGCCUGCAUCCAGUUCUGUCCACGGGGAGGUUGCCCUGCCAGUGUCCUCAAGCUGCCCUGACUGGGCUGGAGAGAGGCUUCUCCCCUGUCCAGCUGCCCCUCACUGAGCUCUGCCUCUCCAUCGUCUGUCCCAAAUGCAUCCUCUGCAGCCCCAAGGGUCAGCAGAGGGACAGGCGCUGGGAAGCAGCGCAGGACACAGGGGUCAGGACCAGCCUUCUGCUCCUUCCAGGAUGUGCUGCUUCUGUCCCCACCUGCAGGGUUGCUGUCCCAUGGGUGCUGCCGCCUGCAGGUUCUGGCACGGUCCUGCUCCUGGUGGGCAGUUCUGCUGAGAAGCCAGGGCUUUUCAUGGUGACAAAGGGAAGACGCACUGCUGCCUCAGCUCCUCCCACAUGGCCCUUGAAAGGUCCCACACUAACUCACACUUUGUCACACACCAAAGGACCUUGCUCAUCCCCCUCCAACUGCACUCAGGGGUCCUCAGAGCCAGCUGCUUUGCUGGCUCCUUCUUGCCACAGGGUAAUGUUGCCAGGUUAAAGGGCUGGCAAUGGCUAAGGUGCACCUGGGUCACAGCACCUCAAGCUAUCCCAGCAGCCCUCAGAGCGGUUGCCUGCACGUCCCUGUAGCUGGGUGGCCCUGCCAUGCGGGGCCCCAUGGAGGCUGUACUCUGUAUUUGUGCUUGCCUGACUCCAUUUUGUCUCCAUUGUCUUCGAGUCAGAGUUCUCAGUGUCCAGCAUCACUAUACCCUCUGUGGCCAUGUUUAUCAUUAGAGAUGACAAGGGAAAGGCCUUGAGGUGGUGGCCAGGGCGAUGCUCCCCACAGCACACCCUGGGCCUUCACUCAACCUCAGACACUGCCCUGUGACGGGGAGGACAAGAGACGCUGCCACGCCAUGCAGCUCUUCCUGCACCCUUCUGCUCCGUCCACAGGUCUAAGACCUCCCUAAUAAAUGUUCUACCCUCCAUCUCCCUGGAGUUUGCAUUUCAUGGAAAGCCAACGGGAAGGACCUCACAGUUCGUGCUGGUCAGAGUUGUGGUCAUGGGAGUGAGUUGGGAGCCUCUGCUGUGCCCUGGAUAGUGAGGGAUGAGUGGCUCCAACAGGAUCCAGCACCAGGGCCACACUGCGUGUCCUCCGCCACAGCAGCCCUGAGGCCCCACAGUGAUGUCACAGGACAGACACGUCUUCCCAGAGGCUCCGAGGAGGUCCCAGACGGAUGGGACCCGGGUUCCCACACGCAUAACGGAAAAGAACUCCAGCUGCUGCCAGCCAGCGCCCAGCUGGGUUCCUUCAGGAAAGUCCGGAGACCCUCAGGGAGGAUGGGGCGUGUCCAGAGGGGAGGUGGACAAUUGACAAACACAAGGAAGCAGAAACCUCUGAGGAAGCAGAACUGAAGGGUACAUGGGAGGAGGCUGCUGAGGAGGGGCCAGACCCGAGUAGGACCACCCCCAGCGUCUGGGCCUCAGCCACCAAAGGGCUUCGGUGGCAGCGAGAACCACACUCCUGAGCUCCCUCCUCUGCAGUAUCAGCCUUCUCUGAAUGAAGAACCAGACGCGUCAGGAGCCUGGCUCGGCUCCCCCAUGCCCACUGGGGUCAGUGUCAGCAGGCAGCACAUCCCACCUGACUCUCACCUGGUCCCUGCUCAACACCAUCUUCCUGGACUUCUGCUGCCUGCUUCAUAGCCUUCGCUUCCUCCAUAAAGUCUAGGGACAGGAAGAUGGUGGGUGACUUCACCGGGUCCCAGACUUACGCCUCCACUGUGAAGAAACUGAACCUCAGGCCACGGUCAUCAGCGUCAUUGGGACCAUCCUCGUGCUGAUGUUCGUUAGACCAGAAUACAGCCUGACCAAGCUGGGCCUCAACCUCCCGUCCCAGGAGCGCUCGGAUUCCGGGGACACGUGGCAGGCCACAAGACUGGACCUGAGGAACCAGGGUGCAGCAGGGCCACAUUCUCAGCCCCCGUACCCCUUCUUCCCCACAGUGUGGGACACAUCUCCCAGGCUGCUGCCUCACUGGGGCGACCCGCACUUGCCAGCCUCCUGGGGCCUGUGGAGGGGAUUUGCCUUUGCCCAUGGUGGGGUCCGUCCUGAGCCCCAGGAAAGGUACACAGGAUGGGAAAGCCACAAUUGAUCUGCUGCUGUGGGAAGGCCAGGGACACCCCGUUCACCAAGACCAGGGAAGGGAGGGCCCUGAGGGUCUCUGCCAGCCGCCUGCAGCUGGGGCGUGCACUCGGGAGGGGGCAGGAGACCCAGGGGGACGGCAGUCAUCUCACUCUGCAUCUCGGCAGGCAGAGAGCUCUUGGGCGUUCACAAAGACUGCGUCCCUGGGGGAAACAGGCCUGUGCAGGAGGACACUGCCUAGUCCCCACCAGCUCAGGAGCAGUGGUGGGAGGCAGGGCCCAGGGUGAUGCUCCCUGCAGCAGACCUGGGCCUUCACUCAGCUUCAGACGCUGCCCCGUGACAGGGCAGGACAAGGGACGCUGCCACGCCAUGGCCAUGGGCACACUCUCACGCCUGAGUCCUUCCCCACAGACCAUGUGGACAUCACUUGGGCACUGGACCCAAGAACAGGGGACUUCAGGGGCACCAGGCACCAGUGGACACAGGAGCGGGUCAGGAUCUCGACACCCAGAGCAUUGUCAUGGCUCCUUGUCCAUGGGGGUGUGGGGGCACCAAGGGCUCAGCAGUGUCUAGAUCCAAAGUCCACUCACCGUGGGCCCCAGGCCACGGGCCCUCCCAGCAGGCACUCUCCAUUCCCCAAAUGUGUGACUGGAACAGAAACAACGGGGGUUGACAGAAGCCAUGCUGGGUCAGUGGCUGGCUGGGCAAGAGCCAUUGUAGUGUGGUCAGCCAGGUGAAAGGGCCUGGGUUGCUCCCUGCUGGCUAUGCAACCAUGAAGAGUGGAGCCAGGCACAGAGCCUCCUGGGUCCGGGCGCUGGCCCCAUCCGUCCUCCGAUCCCUCUCGGGUCUGGUCCUGCAGGAGGGAAGGCUCUGGCAGAGGGGAGCGGAUGGCUGCAGACCCACUUCUGGGACUCCAGGUGUAGCUGAGUGCCAGGUGGGGCGUCUCGGGUCUGGGUGUGGGAGCUACAUGUACACUGCAGGCUUUUCUUGAGUUCUGCAGUGCACAUCCACUCAGCUUCCUGAUUGAGGCUCUCUCUCCUGCUGCCAUUGUUGAUGCCGCCUGAGGUCUUUCCCUCCCAGGCCAUAUCCUGCUUCCAGUGUGUGACCACGUAGAGUGAUCUCCUGGAUGCCCUACUGUAGACGUCUCUAGUGGGUUGUCCCUUGCCCAGAGCUUCUCGGUGGUCAGCUCUUCCUGCAUCCUUCUGCUCCUUCCACAGGACUCAGAUUUCCCUAAUAAGUAUUCCAGUAAUCUCCCUGGAGUUUGCAUUUCAUGGAAAGCGAAUGGGAAGGACCUCACAGUUUGUUGCUGGUCAGAGUUGUGGUCAUGGGAGUGAGUUGGGAGCCUUUGCUAUGCUCUGGGCAGUGAUGGAUGGGUUGCUCCUACAGGAUCACCAUGGCCUCUGGGUGCUCCAGCUGAGCAGCAGGGAGCCCCCAGAGAAGAAGUGGGCAUCUUGGUCUCUGGGGGUCCCAGUGGGGGUGUGGCCACAGGGUUUGGUUAGGAGACAGAGGGGCAGGGAUAAGCUUUUGGUCUGAGCAGCUGGUCGGGCUUUGGGGAAGGCAGACAGAACAGGUGUCAGGGGGAAUUCAGAGGCUUCCUGCUGAAGAGUUAGGUUGGGGCAAGGUGGUCCCUGAGCACACUUGGCCACGUGAGCCUGGAGCUGGGAAAGAGUCACUCCCAGCACACACAUGUGGGUCACUGGCCCCAGGGACAUUUGUAGCCUGAGGCUGGAGAGCACUCCCAAGGGGAGGACAGCAGGAGGAAGCCCUGAGCCCUCAAGGGACAACCCCACCCACUAGCACUUCAGGACCACAGAGGGCAGGCGACUGAGAAGGGCCUGUCCACCUGGGAGGCAGAGGAUGGCUGGGGGCACACCUACCCAGGACUCUUGGAAGGCGAGGGAAGCUCCCUGUAGCCUGGGCAGCACUGCUGGGGUGUGUCCGGUCCCUGGGGGCUGCCUCACUGUCCCUCUCCCCUGGUGUUUCUCCUCAGAUCUCAUCUCUGACAGGUGCAUCUGGUCCCCACCCCCACCUACCUCACAGAGCAGUGGGGGGUGUGGAGCCUGAGUCCUGGGGCAGGAGGGGUCAGCAGCCUUUGCUGGGAGGAGGAGGCUUGGUCCAUGCCUGGAGGGCUCUGGCCCUUGCCUUUGGCUGAGGCAGCAGGGCACCCGCAGUCUGGCUGGAUCUGGAAGGUAGUGGAUAGCCACUGCCCCUCAGCCGUCUGACCUGGGGUCUCCUUGGGGUAGGUGGCCAGAUACCAGGGGGGCUCUGGUGGGUGGUCUGUCAGAGUCCUAGGGUGAGGGUGGGGACACUGGGGCAGAAGGGCCUCCGCCUUGCUCCCAGACUCAGGCUGUAAUUUGGGCUAUAUUUAGCAGGCAGAGCUGGUGGGCAGGGAGGGUGGCCAGGGCUAUAAGCAGACCUGGUGCCCACCCUGGAAGUGCGAGUCCCAGCAAGGGAGAGACGGCGCUGGAACCCAUGGACACGUCCUACCCCCGUGAGAGCCCCCGGGCCUCCACUCCCCGCAAGGUCGAUGGUGCUGCCCACACGGCUCUGGCACUGGGGUCACCAAGUCCCCCGCCUCGCGACUACUUGAUAUGGUCAGUCUUCAGCACACUCUACCUGAACCUCUGCUGCCUAGGCUUCCUGGCACUGGUGCACUCCAUCAAGGCUCGAGACCAGAAGGUGGCUGGCGAUCUGGAGGCAGCGCGGAGGUACGGUUCCAGAGCCAAGUGCUACAACAUCCUGGCUGCCAUGUGGACAUUGGUGCCCCCGCUGCUGCUUCUGGGGCUGGUGGUGACCGGUGCCCUGCACCUCUCCCGCCUGGCCAAGAACUCCGCAGCCUUCUUCAGCACCAAGUUCCAUGAUGCAGACUAUGACUGACAGGCUGGAUCCUGACCCUGUCCUGCCCGAGGACGCCAACCCCUGGAGUCCCGGAGCUGGAUGCCAGCUCUUACAGGGCCUUGAGCCCUGCCCUACCCUGACCCCGGAGGCCCCUGGCCCAACCUGGCUACCCAGAGCUGACCAUUAAGAUCCCAAGGAACUGGCCCAUCCCUGAGGGUCCCCAACUCCUACCUCUGACCCUUUCCUCUCACUCGCCAGGCUCAACCUCUGUCCACAAUUAAAAGUGCCAGG